AGGCAGGCAGCGGCCAAGAUUACGUGACCUCAGAAAAUCAGCUGCUUUACUACCCUAGUAUUACCUAUGCUAUCAUCGGAAGCUCUGUCAUCUUCGUACUCGUGGUGGCCUUUCUCGCCUUAGUCCUGCACCACCAACGGAAACGCAACAAUCUCAUGACCCUGCCGGUGCAUCGGCUGCAGCACCCUGUCCUGCUGUCCCGGCUGGUGGUCCUCGAUCACCCACACCACUGCAGCGUCACCUACAACGUCAACAAUGGGAUCCAGUACAUGUCCAACCAGGCCUACCACAGGCCAGUGGACCUGGACUCUCCGCCAUCCUAUUCAGAGGCUGUGCUUGACCAAAGCAGACCACCUUGGUUUGACCUUCCUCCACCGCCUUAUUGUUCUGAAUCUGAAUCCCCUAAUCAGCCAGAUCUUCCUCCUUACCGAUCUCGGACGGGAAGCUUGGUGAGCGCAGACACCCCCAUGGCAGGAAGCCCUGUGGGGACAGCCAGCAGUUGGACAAGAGACAUCCCCGACAGCACGGAUGGCCACAGAACUCUUCUCGAGAGGACAGCAGGUCAAAGCGAUUCUCUGGUCAACCACAUUGCUGAAAGAGAAGUGUGA